AUGCGUUACUGGUGCGAGUGUUUAAGCGAACCAUAUAACAAGAUUCAAAUUAUGAUGAUUGAGCCAUUACCUUGUGGACUUACUAGUCUUCCAAAUCCUAGUAUAUCCGAAUCACUUGAAGAUUCUUAUUAUAAUUUGAUAGAUCCAUUGAUUUUAUCAGCACUUCGUGUAGCCGACUCAAAACGUCCAAUUCUACCGCAUCAUUCACUUGGAGUUGCUGGUACAUUGGCUACGGCUGCUGGAAGUUUAGGUAUGCAUAAUAUGACUAGCGGAAGUAAUGGUAUUCCACCUAUUAAUACAACAAUGGAGAAAUCAGAUACAAAACAAUGUCGACUGAACUCAUUGUCUAUCGUGAAUUCUUCAGACAAUGAACAGUAUAAUUCUAGUGGAUUAACAACUACUCGAUCAUCUAUAGCGUUGUCAGGAGGUGGUGUAAGCACUGGGAAUCUAGACUCGGAUAAUUUAUCAUCAACCAAAGAUGGUAUUGGCAGUUCACAACGUCGUAGAAGAGCAGCAGUUUUAGAAGAAGGACGUGUUUUAAAGAAACUUAAAAUUAAAGGACAACUUGUUGAUUGA